CGUUCCGGUUUAUUGACGACUCCACGGCUUCCGGAGUCUUACGUGAGAAGCUCUAAAACUUCUUUAAAAAUGGCUUUUUCAACUCUUUCAAUACCAAGACUUCCAUUACUUCUCCAUAUUCAAAGACCAAAGUUUUCAUUUUUAACCUCAAAACUCCAAACCCCAUUUGACCAAUUUCCUCAUUUGUCAACUUUAAACCCUAGACAUCAUCAAAGAUCAUCAAUGAAAGCACAAGCGUCAGUGUCUGAUCUUGGAAUUGUCGAAAGAGCAGUUCAAUUGAUUCAAUCUUCACCACCCACGUGGCAAUCUGCUUUGCUGAGUAAUAUUAUCAUUUUUACUUUGGGUUCUCCACUUUUAGUUACUGGAUUGUCACUUUCUGGUAUUGGGGCUGCUUUCUUGCUUGGUACACUUACUUGGAGAGCUUUUGGUUCCUCUGGGUUUCUUCUUGUUGCCACAUAUUUUGUUAUUGGCACAGCUGCGACUAAGGUGAAAAUGGCUCAGAAAGAGGCUCAAGGGGUUGCAGAGAAGAGGAAAGGAAGGAGAGGACCUGGAAGCGUGAUAGGCUCCAGUGCAGCCGGUUGUGUUUGUGCAUUCUUAUCUAUUAAUGGUGUUGGUGGGGAGGCAUUUACUCGGCUGUGGGAACUUGCAUUUGUAGCCAGUUUCUGUACCAAGUUGAGUGAUACUGUCUCGAGCGAGAUAGGAAAGGCAUAUGGUAAAACUACGUAUCUUGUCACCACAUUAAAGGUAGUGCCUCGGGGUACUGAAGGGGCUGUGAGUGCUGAGGGAACCUUAGCUGGGCUUCUUGCUUCAGUUCUCCUUGCUUUUGUUGGUUAUCUAAAGGGUCAGAUUAACGUACCUGGGGCUGCGAUAUGUGUAAUAGCUGCCCAGAUAGCAAACUUUGGUGAAAGUCUAAUAGGCGCUUCACUUCAAGAGAAAGAAGGAUUUCGUUGGCUCAACAAUGACGUUGUCAACGUCAUAAACAUAUCCUUGGGAAGUAUCUUGGCCGUCCUAAUGCAGAAAAUAAUACUCCAAAGCUAGCGAUAACUUAAAUCAAUGCACAUACUGUAGUAUGGAGCUUGAAUUCCCGACUUUCAUUGCAUCAGAGUAGAGCAUAUCAUCGAGACAUAAAAGAGACCAGCAACGGGACUUAGAGGUGGAUAGAAUCAUCCGAGCUAGAAACGAACACUUGUUAGAAUAUUCAUGUUCUUGGUAUAGUUGAGAAACAAUUCUGCUAAAUCACUCCCUAUUCCAGUGGCAAAUGUAUUGUUUCCAUUAGUAUUUUGUACAGAGUUUUAUAUUUGAUUACUCAAAAAAUAGUUUAUGUAAGAUCCCAGGCAUAAGACAAUGUCUUUAAACUUGACUUGACAUCUAUGAUAUCUGCUCUCGAACCUUGGUUGUAUACAGAUGGACACUUAUAUUA